AUGUUGAAACGAGGAGAGGCGUCAAGAGGUCAGUACAUGGGCCGCCAUGACAAGUGUCUCCUGUGUGACGUCACCUGUCAGGAGUGCACUGGUCCCGAGAGCGAGGACUGCACCAGCUGCCCGGCCACACGGUUAUUUGAUGAAGGCGCCUGCGUCAUCCGCUGCCAGAGGGGGCGCUACGCCAUGGCCAGGCAGUGUCACCGCUGCCACCACACCUGCCUGGAGUGCACCGACGAGGGGCCGGACAACUGCACGGCUUGCGACAAGGAUAUGUUUGACGUGACUCGCUACCUGUUCCGCGGUCAGUGUCGGGACGUCUGCCCGGAGGCCUUCUUCCACUCCACGCGCAAACGCUGUGAGCCGUGCGCUCCGGACUGCGCGGCGUGCACCUCGUCGCCCAGCCGCUGCCUACGCUGCAGCCCGGGACAUAAACUCCGAGAGGGCAAAUGUGUUCCGCUGGAAUGCAGCACAGGUGAGGUUGCAAAGGGUGAGGAGUGUCUCCCCUGUGAUGACGGCUGCAGGCAAUGUGAACACAAAGAUUCCAAACAUCCAGACCAAGGAACCGUGUGCCUCAAGUGUGAAGAUCAUUUCUACCAGCUCGGUUCUGACUGCUACCAGUCCUGCCCAGACCGCACGUACGGCCUUGCUGAGACCAUGAAGUGUUCUCCCUGUGAAGACGAGCGCUGUGCCGUCUGUGACGCAGCUCAGUGCUACUGGUGUCUGGACGGAGCCUACCUUUUUGAUGGGAUGUGUGUGGACCGCUGCGAGGAGGGCUUCUUUGUGGACGUGGAGGGCCGGGAGUGCGAGGAGUGUCACCGUGCGUGUAAGACCUGCGGCGGUCCCAGAUUCGACGACUGUGACUCGUGCGAGGACGAGAUGACUCUGAGGGACGGAGAAUGUGUGACGAGAGCUCAGCGAGGGUCAUGUGCUGAUCGACACUUCUGGAACAAGCAGGGAGACUGUGAGCUGUGUCAUUCUUCUUGUAAGACAUGCUUCUCUGCACGCAAAGACGACUGCCUCACCUGUCACCCAGGAAAUUUCUUGACAGCUCGUCAGACGUGCACGUCUCACUGUCCUGCGUCCACCUUUGUCAACCACACGUCCAGUCGCUGUGACGCCUGCAUGGAUGGCUGUGUCUCAUGUCAGGACGCCAAAGCGUGCCAGCGAUGCCAAGCUGGACACUUCCUGCAGGACGGAAUGUGUGUGCUGGAGUGCCUCAGAGGUUUUCCUGAGGGCGGCGUGUGCCACCCGUGUGCGCCGCAGUGCACUUCCUGUCAGGGUAACGCCUCCUUUUGUCUGAGCUGUGAAGACGGACUCUUUCUUUUGAAGCGCUCGUGCAGACUUCAUUGUCCUGCGGGCUACUACACACAAGACACACAAUGUCUCCAAUGUCCUCCUGACUGUACGCGGUGCAACCAAGACGGCCUCUGUCAGAAAUGUGCAGAUUUCUUCUUCCUGCAUGACGACAAAUGUGUGGGCGACUGCCCCGCCGGAUACUACGCCACCGAGAAGCAGCGGGAGUGUUUGCGUUGCCAUGCCAACUGCGCCUCCUGCGACGGUCCGGACGACGACGACUGCGACUACUGCCGUAACCCCAAAGCUGUGCGCUACAACGGCGAGUGUCUGCCCGAGUGUCCCAGCAGCACUUACUACGACCCCGCUGACGGCGAAUGUCGAGAUUGCGACCAGUCCUGUCUGACGUGUUCGGGCAACGAGCCGUCGUCGUGCCUGAGCUGCCAGUCCAACCGCCGUAAGGACGUCAACGGUCACUGCGUGUGGUACAGCCAGUGCUCACUGCGCACCUACAUGGAUUCCAGCGGGCAGUGCCAGCCGUGCCACCAGUCCUGCCACCGCUGCUCGGGUCCGGGCCAGGACGCUUGCCUCAGCUGCAACCCCCCGCACUUCCUGAUGAAUUCCACCUGCAUGGUGCAGUGUCCGGUGGGUUACUAUGGCGACGACAAGGACGAGGGUGUGUGCGAGCGCUGCCACUGGAGCUGCGCUUCGUGUGUGGGCCGCCACAGCGUGCAGUGUGCCGCCUGUAGACCGGACUACUUCCGGCAGGGAAGCAGCUGUGUGCAAACUUGCUCUGAGAGUCAUUUUGGCAACACGAGCAUCAUGGCGUGCGAGCGCUGCGACCCCGCCUGCAGACAAUGUCGAGGGCCCGCCGACAGAGACUGCCUGACCUGCCGGGACGGCUUCGUCUUCAUGAAGCAAAGCGGUCGUUGCCUGAAGUCCUGCCCGCCAGGAUACUACCCACACAGCUGGUCCAACACCUGCCUCAGGUGUCACCCCACCUGCAAGACCUGCACAGGUGAUGGCGCUCUAUCCUGCCAGUCCUGUUACCAUGGCUACAGGCUGAUAGGUUCAAGCAUCUGUGAAUCCCAGUGUCUGAUUGGCUACUAUGAAGGCUCCCAGAAGUCGGCGUCUGAAAGCGACAAGCCCGACUGCAGACCCUGCGACCCGUCCUGCCUCGGCUGCCGUGGCCCAGGUGUGUGGAACUGCACCGAUUGCCCCGCCUCUCAGAUGCUGGCCGACGACGGACGCUGUCUGAGCUGCUGCCGAGACCACACGCUGCCCGCUGACAAGCCCAUGGCCUGGCGGUGCUGCGACUGUGACGCCUCUCAAGACGAGUGCAUCCUCGGCGUCAAUUUUGUGAUGAGAAACGCCGAAGACCUGGAGGCCGAAGGCUCCGCCAAGGUAGCCGUCACCAUCUUUGUCCUCCUGGUCCUGUCCGCGGGGGGCGGCGUCUUCGUCUUCCUCCACGCUCGCUCCAAGUCCGCCGGAGCCGCCAACUUCGCCACGGCCCGCGUCAAAAGCGGAGGCUACGAGAAGCUGGACGGCAAUGAAGACGCAGGACGGCGGCAAGUGGACGCGUUCGGCGACUACAGCGACCGCAUGGUGGAAUGUGAGGCUUCCGACGAGGACGACGGAGAUGAUGACAUCGUGUACAUGGGGCAGGAUGGCACCGUCUACAGGAAGUUCAAGUACGGCCUUUUGGAUGACGAUGACGAUGAAAUUGAGCUGGAGUAUGAUGAUGAAAGCUACUCUUACACUUGACACUUUUAAUUAUUAUUCAACACAUCAAUAGUAAGAAGAUGCGGUAAAAAGUCACAUUGAAUCUAGCAGGAAAUUGGAAUAAAAUCUAAUGCAGUAAAAAGCUAAAUAAAAUGUUAUAAAAAUUAAGUAUUUACUAAGAAUACAUGUAAUAGUAAAAAAAACCCCAACAAAAGUAUGUUUUUAAAUCAAAUAUAAUUGAUCAUAUAAUAUAUAAUCAAAUGCAUUAUAACGUCAAUAAAAAUGUAAUUAAAAAAUGCUAAACAUUUAUUGAAAUGCAGUAAAAAGUCCAUUAAAAUGUCAUCGCAUUGGGCUCCAAAAAUUUGACUGCAUGAAAAGUUAUAUAUGUAUUAAUUUAGAAGAAGAAAAUCACAAACUUUGGCAAUACACUACAUUUUUUGUGCUGUUUUUUUUCUUUUUAUUUAAAUAUUUUUUAAAAAGGGAGGAAUUACACUUUAUUUCACUACUAUUGUUUGUCAUAAUAAUUAGUCUUAUUGAAAAUAUAUCACUUGUUUUUUUUCCCCUUUUUAAAAAAAUAAUCACGUUUUUCAGAAACAAUAAAUACGAUUACAUCUUUUUUUCAACAGUUUUUCGUUAAAACUCAAUACAUAAAAAGGAAAAAAUAUCUAAAAAAAAAAUUCUAAACAAUUUGGAUGCGUGAGGGUUUAAAAAAAACUGCGUACAUUUUUUUAAAUAAGAAAAAUAAACCUGAAAGUAGAGUUAAAUGUAUACAUAUAUAUAUAUUUUGCAAUAUUAU